UUAGACUAUUCAGAGCUAAACCCACUGAGUCAUUCAACCGUUAAUUAACUACAUGCAGCUACCCCCAAGCAAGGGAUAUUUGCACAAUUCCAUUUCCACCCCAUCCAACAUCAAUUCUCUAGUAAUGGCAGCAUCUCGUUACUGUAAGAAAAGUUAUGUGCAUGCUUCUUUUCAUGCAAUAACAUUAACACUCUUGCUUCUUGCAAUACCUCAUGCAGCUUCAUUAUCUUUCAACUAUCAGCAACUUGGUGACACGGGAAUCGCCCUCAAUUUUUCAGGAAAAGCCCGUCGUGACAAUGAUGUCAUCAACCUCACCAGGUCUGAGCCAGAUAGUUAUGGCAGAGUUACAUAUUACGAACUAUUGCAUCUUUGGGACAAGAACUCAGAAAAAGUUACAGACUUCACUACCCAUUUCUCCUUUACCAUCAACACCCCAAAUAAAACUCAUCAUGGAGAUGGCAUCACCUUCUUUCUGGCACACCCAGACUUCCCACAAUCUGACAUAGAUGGAAGUGGUAUCGGUCUAGCGAGCCGAGAACAACUGAAGAAUCUAAAUUUCGCAAAGGAUUAUCCAUUUGUAGCGGUGGAAUUCGAUACCUUUGUUAAUGACUGGGAUCCGAAAUAUGACCAUGUCGGUAUUGAUGUUAAUUCUAUUAACACUACUGACACUACAGAAUGGUUCACCAGCAUGGAUGAGAGAGGGUAUGAUGCUGAUGUUAGUUACGAUUCUGGUUCAAACAGAUUAAGUGUCACCUUCACUGGAUAUAAGGAUGAUAAAAAAAUUAAACAGCACUUAUUCUCUGUGGUCAAUCUGAGUGAUGUGUUACCUGAAUGGGUUGAAAUUGGUUUCUCUUCAGCAACAGGAGAUUUUUAUGAGGAACAUACUCUUAGCUCAUGGUCCUUCAACUCUAGUUUAGGCCCGAAACCGCAAAAGGGUGGAAGCAAAACAGGGCUGGUGAUAGGGCUGAGUGUUGGACUUGGAGCAGGCGUAUUAUUUGUUAUUUUGGGGGUAACUUUCCUCGUGAGAUGGAUACUGAGGAAUAGAGGUGUGGAGGAAGUCUCACUUUUUGAUCAUACUAUGGACAAUGAUUUCGAAAGAAUGUCUCUACCCAAGAAGUUUUCCUAUGAAGAACUUGCAAGAGCAACUAAUAACUUUGCGAGCGAAAACAAAAUCGGACAGGGAGGAUUUGGGGCAGUCUACAGGGGAUUUAUGCGAGAGUUGAAUGCCCAUGUUGCCAUUAAGAAGGUGUCUCGCGGAUCUAGACAAGGGGUAAAGGAGUAUGCAUCUGAAGUAAAGAUCAUUACUCAACUCAGGCAUAAAAAUUUGGUUCGACUCUUUGGGUGGUGCCAUGAGAACAAUGACCUGCUGCUGGUUUAUGAGUUCAUGGAAAAUGGAAGCUUGGAUUCUUAUCUAUUUAAAGGAAAGGGUCUGCUGACAUGGAAAGUGAGAUAUGAUAUUGCUAGAGGUCUGGCCUCAGCAUUAUUAUACCUGCAUGAAGAGUGGGAAGAAUGUGUGCUUCAUAGAGACAUAAAAUCCAGCAAUGUUAUGUUGGAUUCUAAUUUUAAUGCAAAGCUCGGAGAUUUUGGGUUAGCCAGACUAAUGGAUCAUGCAAUAGGAUCCAAAACAACUGGUUUAGCAGGAACAAUUGGAUAUUUGCCUCCUGAAGCUGCCACAAGAGGCAAGGCUAGUAGGGAGUCUGAUGUAUACAGCUUUGGAGUUGUUACUUUGGAGAUAGCCUGUGGUAGAAAGGUUAUUGAACCUAAUCUGAAUGAAGAACAGAUCUAUUUGGUGGAUUGGGUUUGGGAACACUAUGGUAUGGGUGCUCUCCUAAAAGCAUCUGAUGCAAGCUUAUAUGGACACUUUGAUGAGAAGGAAAUGGAAAGAUUAAUGAUAGUUGGCCUUUGGUGCACUCAUUCUGAUUUCCUUCUGAGGCCUACAAUUAGGCAAGCUGUUCAAGUGCUUAAUUUUGAAGCUCCACUGCCCAUUCUCACAUCUUUCAGCUCUAUGUCCUCUAGGACUCCUGCUUCUGCAAAUAACCAACACGUGUCCUCAAAUUCAAGCAGUAGCUUACUCACUGAAUCCUUACAAUCGAGCACAACUAUUGACCUCAUUUCUCCAGCAGCUGCAUAUUUACAUACGUACUAAGAUUGAUACUUAUAGGGGUAUUUUCUUCAAUUUGGUGUUUUUUUCUUGAAUUGAAAUUCUACAUCUGUGUCGCACAUUAUCUUUAGCUUUUGCAAUAUUUUCUGGUCCAAUGUGUUGUCUUUCUGCAUUUUCAAGUUAAAAACUCGCCUUGCCAUUAUGUAAUAUUAUCAAAAGAAGCUUGAACUGAAAUUCUACAUGAGUGCCA